GGCAGGUGCUACUUCGCUAUUGCCAUGAAAACAAAAAUAUUUUGGCAUCAGCUGAUUGUCGUGAAAUUUUUGCGCAGUACAUAUUUCAGUCGUGUGUAAUAUUUGUUUAUUUUUGAAAAUACAAAAUUUGGUAAAAAUGUGGGUACACCAAGUGUGAUUUGUAGAGGAACGAUCGACGACAUUAAAGCACCCAUCUGGGACGCGUCUGCUGGAAGUUUGCGUCAUUAUUCAUACAGACAAUAAAAAGACGCGUCAGCUAUACCGGGGUAGGAGCCCCACCACCAAAAUAAUGUGGAGCCCAGUGGAGAGCGUGAGCUGAGCAUAGCCAAUAAUCAGAAGAGAAAAAGACUUUGAACUGUCCAGUUCAAACGAAGUGAUUUUCACGAUUUUGCAAAAUAGCAUCAGCGAAUAUUUUGAAAUACAUAUAUAUUAUAUAUGUAUGUUGAUCUAUGAAAGUGAACAAAAAAUGCUUACAAAUAUGCGACUAAUGUAACCGCUGGGUAAAUAAAACAAAUAAGCACAGUGCAAAUUGAGAAAAAUGGAAUGUCGAUAUUCCUCGCGUACGUGGAUGUAAUAUAAAAGUGAUAAUUGGGAAACUGAAAAAAUAGCUCAAGAAAUUAAAACGAACUUAGCACAUCAAAGAUUUGCGGUUUAUCAGUGCAAAAAAAAAGCUUUGUGUUGGAGGACAGUCGAACCCUUCCUCCCUUCCUCCUAGUGAUAAUUAAAUAGGCAAUUAUUACAUAUAAGAGUGACACUAGCACAUUGCACAUUGUUUUCGCGAGAUUUCUAUGCUUGCAUCUGCGGCAAUUAACGCCGCUUUUUACCAAGUUAAAUCGAUAAAUUAUCAAAACACCUGUGUUAUAAUAAAGUUACCAAGAAACUGGAGAAGUGGAAGAGAACACGCAGCUCUACGAAAAAAAUGGAUCGCAAGGGAAAUGCAACUGGAGGGGGUGGUGGCCCGCCUGACAAACCAUCAAUUUUAGAAGGUAUUCUAAACAAUCUAUUCGAAGGCCUUGCGGACAAGGAUGAAACUGUGCGCACGGCCAUCAAAAGUUCGCUUAUAAAAAUAUUAGAAACACAUCCGGCGCGCGCCACUGACAUACUUGUGGACUAUCGAGGAAGAAACCCCAAGUUGCCAGAACAAACAGUCAUCACAUUGUUAAAAGCCGUCGAACGACUGGUAAAUUCAGACACCGAAAUACCAUCAGAGGCGAAUAAACAACUCAUAACUUUGGCCGUAGAGGAGUUGACACGCUCAGCUGAGCACCAACCACUCAUCCAAGAGCAUGCACUCUCCAUUUUAGUGGCCAUUGGCCGGAAAGAGUGCAACGCGGUAAUGGAAGCAUUAAUGGCACACACAAAAGAAGGUGCGGUGGCACAUUUCAUGGUCAUGCAUUGCUUAGGAGCUAUGGCAACGGCGAAUGUUCCGCACGUUGUACCUUUUAUUAAGCCCAUACUCGCAACCAUACUGCCGAAUCUGGGUGGCAUCAAGCACGAUCACAUCAAGCAGGCUCAUGCAUAUGCUAUUGGACACUUCAGUGAAGCUCUACUGGAGCAAUCAUCAGCACAUGGCGCAGCAGCUGCCGUCUCAACCGCAACUAGCCCCAUUAAUGGCGAAAUGGAGUCCGCUUCGGAUGCACCAACGCAAACUGCAGACGGCAAAGGCGAUUGUGCUACCGAAAUUUCUGUUGCUUACGAUGUACUUUUCAAUCAAUGGCUGCAUUCGCGUGAACCCAAAGUAUGUGUCGAAAUACUGCAAGCGCUUUCUUCAAUGUACCCACUGCUGCCUGUCGAUAAGAUACAAGACCAGUCUCCGCGUUUAAUACCACAAAUAUUGGCCUUAUACCGCCGCUCCAUCGAGCGAAACUCAGUGACACAAUUCCUCUCGUCGGUAUUGAAAACAAACAUAGCACUGCAGCCGUCAGUGCUAGAUGCGGUGGCCGAUCAAUUGAUUUCAAAUCUCUUCGAUUUGGUGUGCGUAUUCCCAGACUAUGAAAAGCCACAGACUGUAAAGGGGCAUUAUGAAGUGUUACGUUGUUUUCAUCUGCUGUCAGGCAUUUAUGCAUCGAAAAUUGUUGACACCUUAUUGAUACACUUACGCAACAACAGCGAAAGAGAUCGUAUUAAAUCGCUAUUGAUACUCACCCAUCUGAUGAAUACGUCCACAGCGUAUAUCGAAGAUAAGAUGCAAGGUUUCUUGGAGUGUCUCAAAUCGAUGAUCAUGACGGAAAAGGGAAUUAAAAUGAAGAUGACUUUGCUGAAGACCAUAGUGGCAUUAUCGCAGAAAGGUUUUAUCAAAGAGAAGGAGUUCGUUUGGUUUAUAGUGCGCUACAGUUGUAAAUACACGAAGGUGAACCAAGAGCACGGGUCGCUGGAGGAACACGCAAAUUUUGUACUCUCGUGUGAGAACUCUCUUUUUAUGCUGUCGUCCACUGUUGGCACAAUGGACGAAUUGUUGAAGCGCGAGCUGCUUAAUUACUUCGUAUUGUUGGACUACACUGAUAUAUGCUCGAACCUGGCCAAAUGUUUAGGCAGCCUUUUUGCCAAGUCGCCAAGCAUCGAGUAUGAAAUUGCGGCUAACGAUGAGACCGAGGAAAGGGCCGACGGCGCUGGGGAAGAGCAUGGUAAGGAAAGUAGCCACACUAAUAUCAAAUGCGGAAAAAUAAUUGUACCAUACCCAGAAUCAAUAUUUGCAAGAUGUCUAGCGCUUUUAGGCAAUUUUCAUUGUAUUAAACGCUCCUCGAACAUAUUGUCAUUCUUAAAAUAUUAUUAUCCGCAUUUGAACCCAGUUCUGAAUACACUGUGGGAUGAGCGCGUCCCCGACCUGUUGCUACACAUUAAUAAGGAGCCGGUUUUCUCACGCAAGCUAAUAGAUUUCAUCUCUGAAUCAGUGGAAUUCCUGAACACUCAUGAUGAGAAUUUCGCCGAACGGCUAGUUAACAAAAUGUCAGAUCAGUUGAAUCUCUAUCCAAUAAACACGCCACACACUGAAUUUGUAACGCCCACCCUAUCAAUCGAGCGAGGUAUGUUGUUGAAAUCGCUCGGCUUGGCACUAUGUUUUGUCAGCGAAUUGCAGACGAUAAAUGGGAAAAUCGAUCUGAUCAUUAAUUCCGCACGUCAAGAAAAGCUCGACAAGCAUAUAAAGCAUGCAGAGUAUGAUCAGAAAAUCGCCCCGUGUUCUUUGGCACUGGGUUACAUUUCUCGCAAGCAUCUGUUCCAUUUAAUUAAAAAAUUGGCUGAACUGGCACACAUUGGUGGUCGCAAGCACUCGACUGGCUUUUUCAGCAAUUUGCACUUUAUCAAAGACACUCAUAAGGAGCAGGAAAUGUACAAGACGAAUUUGCUGGUAAUCAAGUCCUUCGGGCAUAUAUUGAAUGAAUCGGAUCCCUUGCAGUCGCUGCAGAACCUCGACGAUACAAUACUAAAUUUUCUAAUCAUGCAGUUGACAGGCACGAAAGAUCAGACAAUUAUGUCUGCCAUUCUGAAGACUCUACUAAGUAUUUGUAAUCAAAUAAUUGCGACGAAAGAGCAAAUGACUGCACCGCUAAAGUAUCGGAAGCAGAUAAUGGAGGCGGUAUUCAGCAUACCCAUUGAAGCGCCGUUCAAUGAUUUACCGUUACUGCCAACAAUUUUAAAACUGGGCACCGAUUUCAUACGCAUAGGAGGAGUCGAUGCCACAGAAUCAGUUGACGGCAGUGUUAUCUUCGAAAUUGCUUGCAAGAAUUUCUUCUCAUGUGCACAGCAUUUGAAAAUUAAAUUUGAUUCACCGGAGGAAGAUGAACGUAAUAGUUUUCUGGCGAAGCACUUGAAUGAAUCACUACCGGAAUUAAAUGCCCUCGCAAAAGCGAUCAUAGAAACGGAUCCAUCUCCUUCGACACUUGAUCUAAUCAUUUCGAUUUUGGAGACCUGGACUAGGGAUAAAAACUCAGAAGUUCGCAUAUGUGCUUCACAUGUUUUCAAUAAUGCGCUGGAAGUGUAUAUAAAAUCAAUGAAAAUAGGAUGUGAGGCUCCUUCAAAAUUCAAUCAAACUGGUCAGAUGUUAGGUAAAAUUGUGCCCCGUUGCAUUGAUUCGAAUGGCACAGUUCGGCAGGUAUCCGUGGAUAUUUUACAAAAGACACUCGAAAUAUCGUGUAUAUAUGAGACGCUAACCAUUGCUGACAGCGAGUCGGAUUGGGUCAAGGAUAUCGAAUUGGUAAAGGAGAAGAUCAUCACAGAUGAUCCAAAAAUGAUUUACAAUUUAGCUGGCGACAUAGCUAAAAUCAUCGCUUUGCGUAUGUCGAAUUUUCAGUAUUUACAAUUUUGUAAAACUCUUCUACAAGGGUUACGCGAUCCGGAGCAAAGUUCAUCGAUUGGUGCUUCGGUAGUACUGAAAUUUUUCAUCCAACACAAAGGAUCGGAGCUAUUCCACGCCAUCCCGGACCUCGUGAAAGAAAGUUUAAGUGCUGUAAGAGAUUGCGAAAUAAAUCGUGCGCGGUCUGGUGUGCUGAAGGCACUAGUGGCGCUCACAAAACAUCACCCAAAGUUGGUGUGCUUCGAAAUGCUUACUCAGCCAUUACCCUAUGAAAGCAACAUCGUCGAAUAUUGGCACCUUGUCGCCAAUGAUCCUGAACUAACGGCGGCGCUCCUAGAAAAUUUCUUGCAAAUAUUAACUUCUUCGUGUUUGUAUGAGCCAAGCGAACAAACUGCUGGCGAGCGCCAAAAAAUUGCCAGCAUACAACCAUUUGCAAUUUUCUGCGCUCUAAAAGAGAUUAUGCCCUGCAAGGACAUCAAAGAGGAACUAAACAAAAAAUUCCCUGAACUCUUUACCAUGCUGUUAACAUCUUUGGCCACCUACACGAACUUAGCGCCACCUGUGCACGCAGGCAGUCAGCGCAGCAACUCGCCAACUCAACAGGGAGUCGCCGCCUCGAGCAGCUCACUAUCCACGGUCGCCUCAACGACCAAAUCGAAGUUUGGCUUUGUCCCGAACAAGGAUCUAGUUAAGUUGAAUCCCUGUCAAAUUGUAUUGGAAACUUUUCAAGCAUUCCUCGGCAAUCUAGAAAUGGAACAAAUCGCUACCGUGCUAACAGUGCACACCCAAUUGGCCAGCAGUACCGAUCUGAAAAACUACAUUGAAUUGCUAACACCAAUUGCUAUUGGGCUAGUGAAUCAAUUGCAAAUCUCAUCGAGCACUAUGAAACAGGUCGUCACUGCGCUUAGCAAAUAUGUUGCAUCACCAUAUGAUGGUCAACGGAUUGCAGCAGUGGGUUUGUUCUCACGUCUUGUGCCGCUGAAACCAUGCGGAGAAAUUUCUUCAGUGAUUAUGCUACACUUAAGCUCGGCGCUGAGUGAUCCUAAUGCCAUUGUGCGUGGAAUAAGCAUACAAGGUUUAGGAUACGUGGGAAGUCUGACUGAACACGAUAUCGAAAAGUAUACGGAAACCGCAGUGACCGCACUGUUGAAAGGCAUUGAUGACACUGCUAGUGACUGCCUUAUAAAUAUUCCACUCGAAAGCAUGCGCGGGCUAGCACGCAUUUUACAGACAUUGCCCAGUGAUCGUCUAGAAUCAUUUCAUGUCUCGUUGGCGAUACGUAUUCGGCCAUUUUUCGGCAGCUAUUCAAUCGAGAUACGCGAAGCGUCCAUUAUUCUCUUUGGCGAUCUAUGUGAGUCGAAAAAGGCACACGAUGCCAAUGGCAGCAUUUCGCCGAAUGCUUCCUCUACAGAGGCGCUGCGGGAGCAAUUAAUUGCAAACCUAUUUCCAAUUUUGCUGCAUUUGAGUGAGGGAGAUGCCACAAUAAUUAGAGCAUGCAAAGGUACUUUACGAAAGGUUUGUGGCUUGUUGAAUGCACCAAAAGUGAAUGAAAUGGCACAACGGCAUCUAAUCGACCAUGGACAGUUGAACUAUGGCGUUUUUAUAGUCGACUUUGUUAAAUUAAUUGCUAUGGAUUUGCCAGAUUUUAUACAGGACUUCAUUGACUCGGCAAUACCGAAAUUGCGUAGCCAAUGGGCAGAGGUGCGGGGCAGCGCUGCGAUUGUAAUAGGUAUACUCCACAACUUCCUGCCGGAACGGAAUACGCAAACCGAGUCCGUGGGAAAUAAACUGGCCGCUCUACUAAAAGACGAAAAUCAUUUUGUUCGUGUUAAGGCAGCCACGGCAUUGGGCUAUUUCUUUGGAGACAUUUGAAAGGAAAAAACCGUUGGCACUUCAGCUAGAAAUCGGUAGUGAUUUUUUUUAAAGCGAAUAAGAGCAUAUGGCCUUAUUCACAAAAAAAUAAAGUAGGUAUAAAAAGCUUUAUAAAAUGACGUUUUCAUACAUUUUUCAAUUUAUAAAGCUACUUUAUUUUUUAUGAAUAAGGCUAGUAGAAUUUUGAAAAUGCAGUGUACCUUAAAGUAUAUUAUAUUAAAUAGCACUGUGAAUGCGUGUCAAUGUGAUUAUAGAAAACUAGAAUAAUCUUUACUAUAUGGGACUUUUUCGUAUACUGGUAUAUACAUACGUACUUUGAACAAAUGAUUGUCGUAUGUUACAUUUGACGACUUUUGGGAAAUCGCGAUUGAAGUUUAAAGUCUGUUUUCUCGAAAACGUGAUGGUAGAUUCCUUUGAAAAUUGUAUAUGCUGUUUCUAGCUUAAGGAAAUAUUGGAAUUUAUUAUUAAAAAAAUUACACAAAAUCUGCAACAUUUAUUGCUAAUUUUAUUUACUCACACUUUGUCGUAUGUUACAGUUGACAACUUGGUUGUGCUCAAUUCACAAAUCAUAUGGAGGAUAACUUUAAUUUCAGCUUUAUUUGAACAUCAAAAUAUAUUUAAGGAAGCAUAAGACAAGUCAGUUUUAAGCAAAAAACAAAACCGACUUCGAUUCUCAUAUA